AUGGUAGACGCAAAAAAAGACGAGCAGCAGUUGCCUUCCACAAAAGGAGUUGCUCCUCAAAAAGGUUCUGGAAGAAGAGAGUAUCGCGUCUUUCGACGGAGACCAACGAAGGCAAAUGUUCUGACUGAAAGUUCAGAACAAGUACCAGAAAAAGCGGUUUUGUUAGGAGGAGAGAAAGAGCCAAAGAAAAGGAAACCUAGGUUGUGUCGUUAUUUCAACGCUCCAGGUGGUUGUCUCAAAGGAAAUGAUUGCCAAUACAAACAUAGAGUGAUGAAGCCAAUUAUAGUUCCGUCGGUUAAAAUGGAAGAAGUUGAUGCAAAAAAUAUGGAAGAAAUCAACGCGAGAGUUGUGUUACCUCCAUCUACGAGUGGAAGUUGCAGACCUGUCAUUCCUCAGAAGAGACGAGUUCCCUUAAGCUCUAAAGGGACUGAUGCUCAGAAAGCUCUAUUGGAUCUAGAUGUAACAUAUUUCAAGACUAGAUAUCGAAAUGCUAAAAUUGAAAAAAGGAACGAUGAAUCUGUUCAAAUCGACUUUCGUUAUGACAUAACUGAGCCGGAUUGGGUUUUUGACAUUCGAUCUCUUCGAAUUAGACUUGUUCUCAGUAAGGCUCACCCGCUCGAACCCUUAAGUUUCUCACUGCUCGAGAAGGAAAAUAGUGGGCUGCCUGAAAUUCUGAGAAAACAUAUCCAAGAAACAGUUUCUGAGAACAUAAAAGAUACAUUUGAUGCCUUCUCUUCAAAGGACGCUUUUGAGACUUUUGGAAAACUGAUCUUCAGGUUCAUCGAUCGAAAUGUUUUGAAGAUGUUUGUUGAUGGUCUUACGAAGCUCAAACUGCAUAGAGAGGCAGAAGCGGCGGGAAUCUCUCUAGUUCUUCCCAAAGGAGCUAAUCAAAACAGCAGUUCUCAAGGCUCUAAUCAUUAUGAAGAGGGGGAGGAGGGGGAGGAAGAAGACGAAGAAGAUGAUGAUGAAGAAGAUGAAGAGGAGGAGGAGAGUGAAGGAGACGAACAUGACGAGAAUGAUGAAAACCUAAAGAAGGACCAGCGGGGAAUUAAUGCGAAUGCGAACAUCAGCUUAAGUGCCACGCCAUCCGAAUUACCUAUCGAAGUUGUCCUUAUUUGGAAUGACAAGAGUCAGAACAUUGCGAGUAUUGUACCGAAGAAACUCCGUAUCUCAAGUAAUUGUUUCCGAUGUAAGUUGAACUCGAUACACGAUGUGGAAUGCCGUGGUUCUGGCAAAACUUGGUGUUGCGAGAAAUGCUCUACAUUCCUAAGUCUAAAACUGGUUCCGCAAAUAGUUCAUGAGCAAUCAAAUGUGAUAGCUCGAAUGGAAGCUCGUGGAUGCAUCCAAUUCGAUUGUAUUCUCAAGGACAGCAAAAUGGAUUAUACCUGCUUUUUCUGCAACAAAGAAGAUACAGUCCAAAGUGUUUCCUUUGGAGAAGCUCAUAAAUCUUGGUGUCGACAGUGCCAUACAAGUUGCGAGUUUACCAUUUCUGCUAUAAGAUUCAGAGGAGACUUCACAUUAUGCACACAGGAGGUGAAAUCGCAGACGAAACUUCGUCGUCCCAAGAAAACGAAAACAGAUGUGGGAGUUGCCGUCACCCCAGGGCUGUCUCUACCCCAAUUGGGAACAUGCAAGCAUUAUAAGAAGAGCUAUAGAUGGUUUAGAUUCCCUUGUUGUGGUCGAACAUUCCCGUGCGACGUUUGUCAUGAAGAGGCCGGAUUAGGUCAUGAAAUGAAAGUCGCCAACCGUAUGAUCUGUGGCCAUUGCUCAAAUGAACAGCCAUUCCAAAAAGAUAAACCGUGCUCCAGUUGUAAUUCUGCAACGACGAGAAAGAAAUCUCAGUUUUGGGAAGGUGGUAAGGGUUGUAGAAAUCAGUUGUUGAUGAGCAAGAAUGAUGGACACAAAUUCAAUGGAAGUAGGAAGAAAUCUGUGUCGAAAGCUAAAGCAGAAACCUUAGUGACUAAGAACAAGAAAUGA